AUGCUCCAGCUACGCACUUUCCUGUGUCUGUUCGGCCUGCUUUCUCUUCGCCUAGUCUCCGCCUUGAUCGUUCCACAGGCCCUCCUGAACGAGCAAGAUGACCUCUACGAGCUUAAUGAUGAUCUUUCCGUAAACACCACUGCCAUCGCAGCCUACGAUGUCAAUGUUUCGGCUCUCGACGUCCGAUCGUGUGAGAACUGGGAUCCCACUGAAUGGGACUACGAUGUAGCGAUCGUUGGCGGUGGCCCUGCUGGUUUGGCCGCGUCGAUGUCUCUUGGUCGUGUAGCUCGCAAGUCCUUGAUGUAUGACUCAGAGAAGUACCGAAAUGAGAGGACGCGUUACAUGCACGAUGUGCUUGGUCAAGAUGGCCAGGUCCCACUGAAGUUCCGCAUUGCGGCUCGUGGCCAGAUUGAUGAACACUAUAGCGAUUACUCUUUCCGUGCAACCCGGGGUAGCAAAGUCACCGCCAUCCAGCCACUUACAAAGGGUUUCCGCAUCUACGAUAGCAAAGGAGGCAAGAUCCUCGCUCGAAAGGUGAUCCUGGCUACCGGAAUCACAGACGUCCUCCCAAACAAGCCCGGUUUCGCCGAUGCAUUCGGCAGAGGCUUAUUCUGGUGCCCGUGGUGCGAUGGAUUUGACUACAAGGGACGGGCAAUGGUGGUCAUUGGAACGCCAGCCAAAUUUGCCAGCGCCAUUGGAUCUGCGCUUAACUUGCGAAAAUUGACGACCAAUGUUAUUAUCAUUGCCGGUGGCCCCCUCAGCGCGGCGGAUAAGGCGGCUGCUGAGGAGAGAUGGCCAGGGUGGGAGAAUGUGCUCAAAAACACAUACAAAAUCCCUGUUCAUCAAGUGGAUGUUACCAAGAUUGAGCGAACUGCUAAAGGAAAUGAGCCUGGUGAUGAUGAGUACAAGCUUACUUUGACUGGAUCGCCAUCUUAUAUCACUACGCACGGAAUUAUGAUCAGUACUGUUACCAAGCAGACCUCCAGCCUGCACAAUCAAUUACAUCUGCAGAUGGAUGGGAACUCUAUCAAGGUCCAGUCGAAUAUGGAGACCAGUGUCGGUGGAAUUUACGCCGUCGGUGAUGCCAAUAAUGAUGGUAGUACCAACGCUUACCAUGCUAUGUGGAGUGCCAAGCGCGCUGUUGUGAAUGCUCACGUCGCUAUCUCCAAGGAGGAAUACCUUGAAGCUGCGCCUCCUGCCAUGGUGGCAACAGAGGGUGGUGACGAAGAGUUCUACCAACGCCAGAUUGAUGAACUCCACUGGAUGAUUGGCAACGAUGUGGAAGAGCUCUACAAGGCCCUCGGUGGCUAA